UCUGUCUCGUCUUUUCGCGACUCCGUCUUGUCUAAAAUCUUCCUCAGCGGCCUGCUAAUGUUCUCGAUUGGGUUUUCGACGACAGGGACGAUGUCGUAAAUGGGCCGCUCGCCAAUCUGCAGAAAGGACGCUCCAAAAUGUCAACUAGGUCGCAGCUCACUAAGGAUUUAAACGAAUCUGUCAAGGCACUGCUGGGUAAACAUGUCAAGAUAUUACUGAAAAAUGUUGUGAAGUUAGAGACCAAGCCAGAUAAAUUGGAGAACCGGGUUCUGGUGUUUUCACCAUGUCGCUUGUUCCUCCUUACUGCAAAGGUGCCUACAAGGAUCGAUUGCCAUUUUCAUUAUUUGGAAAUAACGUCGGUGGAGUCAAAGAGAGCGAACCAAUUAUGCUUGACUGUCGGAGAAAGGAUUUACAGUUUUACUACAACAGGAUCGGGUGCAGACACGGUAGAAGUGGAUGCGAUGAUCGAGGCUUUGCAUACUGCAAUUCGGAACAUCUUUCCGACGGUGCCAUUAAACUAUAUAAUCCGAAAAAUAGAAAUAAUACCAGCGAGCAGGUUGCAAAGCAUAAGAGGUAGCGAAUUGGCACGAAGUACAGAGGCAACGAGACAUACCGGACCAUGUGGAGGGUUUUCCACGCAAUACGCAUGCAUGUGCGAUUUGCAUGGCGUGCCGUACCGAGAGGAAGUCGCAUGGGACGUCGACACGAUAUAUUUAUCACAUGACACUCGAGAGCUGAAUUUAAGGGACUUCGAUCAUCUAGAGCAGAAGGACUUGGUUCCGAUAAUAUCGGCCUUAGAGUACAAUACAUGGUUUACCAAAUUAAGAGCGUCACACUUAAAGCUGAGUCACGAGCCUUUAGAAAGAUUGCUUCAUGUAAUGCGGAGAUCCCUCUCCAUUCAGGAAAUCUACUUAGAUAACCUAGGGAUUAAAUGGGAUUUUGCGCACAAAUUGUCCUUGGCACUAAUCUCAAAUGUUAAUACGAUUUUGCACACAAUAGAUCUAUCCUGUAACACCAUUGAAGAUAAAGGAGCCUCUAGCUUGUGUGGGAUAAUAGCAAAGUUAAUGCAAGGCGCGACACAUCUGAGUGGUCCCAUUGGUAAGCUGCCCAAAGGUUUACAAAAGCUCAACUUGGCACACUGUGGAUUAACAGGAAAGGGCGUUGGCCAGAUUGCCCAUGCAUUGAGUCUAAAUAGAAGCAUGCCGACUAGUCUCCAAUAUCUGAACCUCUCAGGGAAUACACUGAAGGAUGAUAUCAAUAAUCUGUGUAACUUCUUGGCGCAACCAAAUAAUCUCACUCACUUAGACCUCAGUAGUACGGACACCACUUUGGAAUGUCUGUUCGGUGCUCUAUUGAGGGGUUGUGCGACCAAUCUAGUCCACUUAAACGUCGCACGCAAUUCCUUCGCUAGCAAGAAGACCAAAGAGAUACCUCCCAGCUUUAAGCAAUUUUUUACAGCAACACUGUCGUUGAAGUAUUUGAACAUUUCGUAUUGCAAGCUACCCUUGGAAGCGCUCAAGCAUCUUCUCCUAGGACUGGCUUGCAACGAAAGCACCGUUGGCCUGGAACUCGAUAUGAGUGGUAACAAUCUGGGUUCGAUGGGUGCACAUGUUCUGGAAUCAUGCAUUCAUGGUGUUCGAUGCAUAGCUUCUUUGGAUAUCUCGGAAAGCAAUAUGGACGUCGAUCUAGCACAGGCCAUAACUGCUGUUGGGAAAAAUAAAUCCAUCAAGCAGCUCUACAUGGGUCGUAACACCGUCGGAAUGAAGAACAAGCACAUCGCUGUGGUGAUGGAUGCUCUGGUGACGAUGAUCCAGGAAGACGACUGUGUCCUGCAAGCUCUGCAUUUACCGGACUCCAGAUUAAAAGGAGACCUGUACAACUUGAUCAAUGCUCUCGGUAGCAACACGUGUCUUCACACCCUGGACAUCAGUGGCAAUCAGAUCGGCGAUCCUGGAGCUCGGCUACUGGCCAAAGCACUGCAGAUAAAUAACCACCUGAAGAGCAUUAUCUACGAUAGGAAUAACAUUACUCUUCAAGGAUAUGGAGACAUCGUUCAUGCCUUGGAAAAGAAUUACAGCGUGAGAUACAUGCCUUUCCCUAUCUACGAUCUUCAACCUUGCAUGAAGACCUCGGCAGAUAAGACGGAACAAAUCGCGAAAAAAAUACAAGAACUUCUUCAACGAAAUGUCACGCCCUGCAAGUACAGCCAUGGCCAGGCGUUUAGACUUCAGCAAGGUUUCCUGCUGAGUUCUACGCAACAGAUGGUGGAUCGGCUAGUCGUUCAAACUCAAGACACCAUCGAGACAUUGGCUGCAGAAAGUUGUGACGCGAAUAACGACAUCAAUUAUGCAACGGGUCUUAUUCAAGACGCCGAUAAUUCGAAGCAGCUAUUACCGAGGUUACAUGAAGUUCUGCAGAGACGAGAUGAAAAUAAUCCUAUCGAGCUGAAGCUACAUAACGUGGCCGAUGAAAUUCACAAAGUAGUCACUGCGUACUUACAGGAUUCUUUGGAAGCAAUGUUGAAGUGUGCACACGAGCAGUGUCCAACAGUGCUUUCGCAGACUGUAAUUAGAGGCGAGGACAGUGAGCCAACAUCUGUUGAAAAUGAUCUUAGGAAUUCCUGUAAAGAGAAAAAUGUGAUUAAUCCUGAAUUCGUUCAGACUACCGUUACAGAACAAGCUGGCGCUGAUAUCAUUAACAGGGUUAAUGAAUUGAACCUAGCUGUGGCAGCUCAUGUUUCCGACAAGGUGACAGAUGAAGUGAUCGAAUCAUUAUCUCGAAGCUAUAAAACAUUGAUCGGAGACUGUGAAAACAGAACUAGAAGUAGCACCCCCGACGUACUGAGGCCUAGUGCUGGUUCCAUGAGUAGUGGAAGUGUCAUUGGAAUUGGCAGUGCAGCUGGUGUAUCGAUGACUCUUAUCGGAGGGAGGGCAAGUCUUGUUUCGGAGGAGGACUGUCCACCGGAUCCAUAUUCUCUGGUCAACACCAUGGUACCGCAUUCCAAUGACCAGUCACCAAUGGCUACUCCGCACUUGUCUAACAAGCGGAAGAGUUUGCACGGGAGGAAGUUGAGGCCAAAGUCAGUGGUAGACUCGGUCGAAGGUCUUUCUGCUGAUGAUAUUCCAGAUUUACUCCCAUCGUUACCAAAAAGCCAGGCGGAAGCGAUAUCAGAGAAUGAACACUCAUUGACGGAGUCAUUGGAUUCAGUCUCGGAGUUACCUCACACUGUUGGCCAACAGUUGCAGCAUCUGGUGAAGUCGAGGCCCCGGAGGGCGAAAACCAGGGCACCUACUAGACCGAUGUUGAAGCCUGAUCAACUUGUCGAUGGACUGGCGCUUGGAGAAGGUCUCGAUGUGUUCUUCAGACCUACCACACCGACCACCCCACUGGUAUCUCCAACUAGUGACGAUAGUUCUUUGCACACAUUCCCAACGGAUGGCAGUCCUAACCUCUCAUUGGCAAGUCACAAAAGUAUACCGCCAGAAUUUGACAAGAAGCAUGGUUGUAACUCUCCGAUGUUAAAAACACUUCUGGAACCGACACCUCGUUCGAGAUCGAGUGAUAAUUUGGAAAAGUUUUCUCCCCUGGUGGGUCGAAGGUCACAGGGUGAUUCACCAUUGACUGCAUCUCCACUGGCUCGCAGGAACACUACGGAGAGUAGCCAGAAUUAUGAAAGAAAUGGUCCAAAGACUGACUUUGCUAGAGAUGCUAGUGGCAACGGUACAAAGGAUGGUAUAGAUGUUUCCAAGCGUAGUACUUUACCCAUCGCUGGAUCUGGAUCGAUGACUCGAGGCUCAAGAGACUCCUCCGUAGAAGAAAAUAAUAGAACUUCACAAUGCACCAGCGGUCCUGGGUUAAAGGAGGACACCAGGACUCCGGUUGCGGGUAGGGAGGCGGAGAAUAAGAAGAAUUUGAAGAAGACCUCGGAGACUGAUAAAUCUGGUCAAUUGAUUCCAUCGGUGAAACUCAGGUCUACUGGGUUUGAUCUGAGGAGUCCAACCAACGGUGGUGGUACCAAAGGUAACGGUUCGGAUACGGCCAAGUCCCCAAUUCUGAAACCUGCCAUGAGGACUGAUAACUCUUCGAGUGAUCUAGGAAAAAACAAUGGUGGAAAUUCGAAGACCAAACCUGCCCCUCCGGCGACUGCACCUAAGCCUAGGCCCUGGAGCAUGGCUGCGGACAGAAAGUCUGGUGAGUUUAAUCUUCUCAGCGAUGGAUCCAGUCCUAACACCUCAGCAGGGAACACCCCAGACUCCGGAGAUGCUCUUGAUGAAUCGACAGAUAGUGGAGUCAGUGGGCCAGCUUCGCUGCCCCCAACCCUGUCGACAAGUAGUACGGCAAGUUCGUUGAGCAAUACCAGCGUUGAGAAAAGAUCAGUUAGAGAACUUGCUGCUAGUCUGAACAAAGGGAAGGCGGAAAGGAAAGAAAAUGAACUCACCGCACCUGCUGCAUGGAGAUCGGUACUUCACCGCUCUGUCGACCGAACGACCUUCAAGGCAACGGAAGCGCCGAAAACGGUUGAGGAUUCCGGACCAAAUGUUAAACUUCGACGAACUUCGUUCCUACGUGAUUCAAACUUCAAUUAUGACAACGAUGUGGUCGACGUUUAGCAAGAGGGCAGAAUACCGAUCUCGAAGGAAGGAAGUAAACGAGUCAAGGUAUAAGGAUCCGAUCUUUCUACCAGUCUUUAAGUGUAAAGUCUUAUUUCAUUCGAGGAUGGCACGGAGAGGAAGGUAUACAUUCCAAUUUUACAUUUGAGUGCCAUAAGCGAAUUAGUUUAAAGAAAUGUAUAGAACCGUUCGAUGCACCGGUAGAGCAUCGAGGGGUUCCUAAGAGGUACUAAAGUGCUCGGUCUGUCGGUUUCGAUCGACCGGUCAGCCUUCGAUAGUCACUACCUUCGACUUCUGAGAAGAUCAACGGCUCGAAUAGUCACUUUAAAUCUAAAAACUUAAUAACGUCGUGCCCUGAUCCAAGGUCUACGCUUUUGAACCUCGUCGACUCGGGUGUACGUAUGGAUGUAUGCACGUGGGCACGAAUGCGAGCGAGUGAAUCGUUAUUGCGCACUUGGAGGCACGAGUACUUCCGUUAGGAUUACUACUCGGCUGGGAUUUUAUUUUAAGGGUCGUGGAGAGCCUCUCAUUAAGAGGCCCUCCUGAACGACUCGCGGUUUGUUUUAAUAUUCGGAUGUUUAUACAUCGUGCGCCUGUAAAUUGUUUAGCCGGGGGAGAGACUGUUUAGUGGUAGCGUUACGAAGGGCAGCAGAAAUGUAUUGAUGAUGGGGCGGUGAGUACGGUGGAGCACAGAUGAGAAACGCAAUACGAGUUUGUUCGACACCGAUUUUUGGGUCUCUCUUCUACGAGCUCAUAAUUUACGUAGGAGUCGGUUACUGAUUGUACUUAGGAGUUCGGCAGAGGGGACAAUUAGGCAUGAUCAUUACCGACCGUUUACAACGAUGCUCCACUGUGUACCUCUGCCUUUAUCCACGCGUCGAUAGACUGCUACCGAUCUCGAUGUAACAAAGUGCCUGUUGCGUAAUGAUUACGAGAACGACUUAGGUUUUCAUCGUUGUUGACUCGUUUGGACUAACGUUGGCACUCUUUUCGCAAGCGGGACAAUCUGUCGAGAGUGAGAGCAAAUCUGAGUUCUUCCCGAGUGGUGGAUUAAUUAUAAAUUAAAGAUUCUCAUCGGCGCCUUAUUUGCAAGGAAUUUCUCAUCGGAAGUUGCCGUCGAGCUUUUGAUAUCUCUAAUUUUUAUACGUUUUCGAGGUGCCGAGUACAGAUCUCUUUUCAGUUUGUACGGUCGUGCGUACUUCUCCUAAUUAAUGGCAGGCCUGUGACUUUUAAAAACGGUUAAUUUAGGCGUUCUGAAGCCUUUUCUUGGGGUGGUGUACGAAGGUGCUUUUUUCCCUUUCUUGUCGACAGAUUAUUAGGAACCGUGAGCGGAUCUCUUGCGUAUGUAGGAAUGAUAAACGCGGAAAACCGCGUAGCACCCAACGAUAGCUUUAAUGCAGAGAGUCGGAGAUUCUUCGAGGUCUCUUUAAAUAUUUAAAAAGCAAUCCUGUCCUUCGUGCAAUUUACCCUCGAUUGGUCUUCUGCCAGCAGCGUAUGUACAUACAUAUGUAUAAAAAGUUAAUGUACUAGGUGAACUAAUCGGACACGUAGAAGGCUGGGUUUGCGCAGCUGGAUUAACUUCUUCCGAGGUCUUAAUUUAGCUCUUAUUAAGGAUGCAGAAGAAUUGUGAUAUUCUGCCUUCGAUGAGUGUGCAGAAUGUGCUGUUAACGAUUUCUUUCGUUUUAUACACUGUAGGAAUGUUAAUCAAAUUUUCUUAAAGCUAAGCGAAGAUGUUGAGCCUGCGCAAACCCACUGAAACUAGUGUUCGGUGCAGUUUAGCGUAAGCUUUACUUCAAGUAGUGCCCAUACCGAAUGAAUUCAACGGUGCUACUUGACAAGUCACUAAUGGGCUCCGCUUCUGAAAAGCUGCUUCCGAUUCGCAGGCUCUCAUUAACUGUAAAUAAUAGGCAGCUUCGAUAUAUUUAUAAAACUCGUUUACAACAUUCUGAUAAGUACUCAAGAGACUUUGGCCUAAGGUUCUUAAGAGCGCUUUCGAGAUCGAGGGAGCAUUUCCGAAGUGUCCUGAUAAUCGUGUUUCGAGGCUUUCAAUGGCACCGUUCCAAUGUAAUCGCUGUGUUCUUUUGAUUAGGUUCACACGAUUGUGUCUUUGUAUAUAUACAUAGAAGUGGUAUUGCAUGUUAAACAAUGGAAAGUAUAGAUUUCGUAGUGAAAGCGAGUAUACAUAUAAUUAAUGGUUUUAUAUCGAGUAUAUUGAGUGCGUGUGUAAGCCCUAGGACAUUUACUACUAAACAGAGCGUUGUCUAUAAUAGCCUAAAUUAAUUAUUCUCGAUCGCUCCUUAUUGUCCUAAUACCUCGCUAAAAUGCAGUCUAAUUACUUCUCCUUUUUAUGCUGUUUACUGCUCUGAUAGUAAGUGCCCUAAGGUGCAAGCCCUAAUUCAUAUUGAAGUGUAUGUCCCGCAAUGCUACGCAAAUUUCUUUCGUCGCUCUUAUAAAGAAUCAAACAUCGAAGAACUUGACGAGUCAUCGGUUAGAUUAUUUUUAAUUUCUCCCAGGGUAUGAGCACUGCUCAGGGUUGUUCUUACGAGCACUUUUCAUAAAUCCAAGUACUUUAAUAAUCAUCUGAAUAAUCUAACGCACUAAGUUCUUAUUUAUUUAUUUCUUUUAUUUGUUAGAAUGCAAUACGCUUAUGCUUUGCUUAUUUAUUUGUACAUAAUGUUAUAUAUAAGAAUUCCACUCCGAUAUAUGGGUGAGGCAUCUGAAUGUCAUGAAUGGUGUCGUUCUGCAGGAACAUCCGAAACGCUUCCUGUAAAAUAAUAAUUAGAGGUUAUGUAUGAUUUUAUUGAAUAUCGUAAUACUCUCCUCAAUGGUGAUCCGAUAUUUUCGUAUGCAACAUUAACACCUCUUGUGCUACAGUGUUUUUGUUUAUUUGUUACAGCGCAUAAUUAUAUCUUGUUUCGUUGUAUGUAAAAGAGAUAUUUUAAGUACGUUUCGAUUAUAUAUUUUUAUUUAUGUCUUAUUUUACUUUCUCGUGUACUUGACCAGAUCGAUACUUACCGUAGCAUAAGUAUCUGUACAGGAACAUUAAGGAUCCAUUAAUCUGACUGCUUUUUCGAUCGCCUUUUAUUCAUUGUACAUAACUGUUUUUGUCACCUACGUAUUAUUACGUUUUUCAGCUUAUUCAAAAACUGCAUAUGUAUGCUUUAGUUAAGUGUAACGACUUGCUGCCCCGAUAAGAUUCAAUAUAAAUAAUUUGCGUAAAGUUCUUCGAAUGUUGUGUACUGAAUGUUUUGGUCUGAAAAUCCGAGUGAUUUUGUUUGCACGAAAAAAUUCUGUCAACUGGUCGAUCGAAUUUUGAGGGCUGCAAAGAAAUCGCUCCGAUCUUCUGGCCUAGCUAAAACGCGACAAUAUGCCACACUGUUGAACGAAAGAAAAUUUGGGUAGAUUAAUGGACGAGUUAAGCUAACGCUGUAUAUGUAUGAAACUUCCAUGUAAUAUCAACCGAAUCAGUAUGAUAAAGGGUAGUUAAUUAAGAAUAGAGACGGUAACUUGAGAACGGGAAGAAUCGCGAGGCCUCUGCAUCGAUGACAAAAUUAAUUGCUGAAACGCAUUUCCGCAAAAGUGUUGCAUACCGUAUUCGAUUAAGUCAUUUAGAGUAUUGCACGAGAGCGAAUCCAUGUAUAGAAAAUUUUCGCUGGCAUGCCCGUCUGUUACAGAAGUCUUAUUUUCGGAGAAAUUUGACACCCACUGUCAAUAGUCCAUUGAUUAUCCGAUAGUCACAUUACCGUUAGGGUUACUACAGCAUCUUCGAUAUUUUUAGAAAAUACUUUACAUAAAAAAUUUCUCACUGCACUAAAUCAACAACGAAUCAUGAGUUAUGGAUUUCUCUAAAAAAAAAAUAUCGAAACGUGGAUGGCUGGACAACUAUAUAAGAAUAAUAUUAUAAAUAGCGUAGACGAUGAAGAUGUCAAUUGCUUUGGUAAUGAUUUUUCUCGUUGUACAAGCCUCGUGAUUUGUUAUUUCAUGCAUUAUUACAGGACAGUUGGCUACGUAUAAUAUCUGGGAGUGCAAGAUUUUUCACACUCUACCUUCUUUUCUGCUCUUUCUGCAAAAUAGAAAGAUUAGGAUGACGAAACGUUUGGUACUCUCGAUACCACGUUUGGACGACUACGAUGCAAAGUAAUAACCUAUAAAGACCUGACAAUGAUAUUUAUUCUCAUGCGAUGAGAAUGUUUUGCGUAUGCGAAUUUUUCUUUAUGUACAUGCGUACACGUCUGCCAUUGUAAUUACAUUACAGGUGAUCUUCUCUCACGUGGCGAUAUAAGAAGCGAGCUAAUUAUGCAAUUGGAGAAUUAUUUUGCAAAACAUUCUCUACGCCUGGGUCAAAUUUUAGGAACUUACCAGAAU